CAGCAGCGCCCAGGGAUGCCCCCCGGGAGCAGGAUGCCCAUGGCAGGGCUGCAGGUGGGGCCCCCGGGAGCGCCCCCGUACGGAGCAGCGACCCCGCUGAGGCCCGGCCUGCCCCAGGCCAUGAUGGAUCCGUUCAGGAAGCGCCUGCUGACCCCCCAGGCACAGCCACCCAUGGCCACCCCCAGGAGAGGGGUGAAGAGGAGGAAGAUGGCUGACAAGGUGCUGCCACAGAGGAUCCGGGAGCUGGUCCCAGAAUCCCAGGCCUACAUGGACCUCCUGGCCUUCGAGCGCAAGCUGGACCAAACCAUUGCUCGGAAGAGGAUGGAGAUCCAGGAGGCCAUCAAGAAACCCCUGACGCAAAAGCGGAAGCUCAGGAUUUACAUCUCCAACACCUUCACCCCAGCCAAGGAGGAAGGAGAGGGCGGGGAGCGCGUGGCCUCCUGGGAGCUCCGUGUGGAGGGGAAGCUGCUGGAGGAUCCCAGCAAGCAGAAGAGGAAGUUCUCCUCCUUCUUCAAGAGCCUUGUGAUCGAGCUGGACAAGGAGCUCUAUGGGCCGGACAAUCACCUGGUGGAGUGGCACCGGAUGCCCACGACCCAGGAGACCGACGGCUUCCAGGUGAAGCGUCCUGGGGAUGUCAACGUGAAGUGCACCCUGCUGCUCAUGCUGGACCACCAGCCCCCCCAGUACAAGCUGGACCCACGGCUGGCCCGGCUGCUGGGGGUGCACACCCAGACCAGGGCCAGCAUCAUGCAGGCCCUGUGGCUCUACAUCAAACACAACAAACUGCAGGACAGCCACGAGAAGGAGUUCAUCAACUGCAACCGCUACUUCCGCCAGAUCUUCAACUGUGUCCGCAUGCGCUUCUCCGAGAUCCCCAUGAAGCUGGCAGGGCUCCUGCAGCACCCGGACCCCAUCAUCAUCAACCACACCAUCAGCGUGGACCCCAAUGACCAGAAGAAGACAGCCUGCUACGACAUCGAUGUGGAGGUGGACGAUCCCCUCAAAGCCCAGAUGAGCAAUUUCCUGGCUUCCACCACCAACCAGCAGGAAAUCGCCUCCCUGGAUGCCAAGAUCCACGAGACCAUCGAGUCCAUCAACCAGCUGAAGACACAGAGGGAUUUCAUGCUGAGCUUCAGCAACAACCCCCAGGAUUUCAUACAGGAAUGGAUCAAAUCCCAGAGGAGGGACCUCAAGAUCAUCACGGAUGUGAUCGGGAACCCCGAGGAGGAGCGGCGGGCCGAGUUUUACCAACAGCCCUGGGCGCAGGAGGCCGUGGGCAGGCACAUCUUUGCCAAGGUCCAGCAGCGCCGGCAGGAACUGGAACAAGUG